UUCAGAUUACAGAAAUUGAGAGUCAUAACACGUGAUCCUCACUUUCUUCUCUCUCGAUUAUUGUUACUACCAACUACCUCAUCAUCGUAAUCAUAACCAUUAAUCUUCACACACUGCAACAGACACUACACUCACUGAACUACUGAAGAGUGAGGAAGCUACACACUCUUGUGAUUUGAUUAAUUAGGGAUUGGAUUUCACAGAGAAAAGCUAAGCCAAUGCCUUGUUCUUCAAUAAUCACUCCUCAACAUAACGAUGAUGAUGAUGCUUCCUCCGAUUUCAAGCUGAACGAGUCAACCUUCUUGGCCUCACUCAUGCCUAAGAAGGAGAUUGCCGUCGAUCGAUUCCUCCAAGAUCACCCUAACUACGAUGGCCGCGGUGUUCUCAUCGCCAUCUUCGAUUCUGGCGUAGACCCGGCCGCUGCUGGAUUGCAGGUUACCUCAGAUGGGAAACCCAAAAUUCUUGAUGUCAUUGAUUGUUCUGGCAGUGGAGAUGUUGAUACCUCAAAGGUGGUGAAGGCUGAUGCUGAUGGUUGUAUUUCCGGUGCAUCAGGGGCAUCUUUGAUCAUCAAUACUUCAUGGAAAAAUCCUUCUGGUGAAUGGCAUAUUGGUUACAAAUUUGUUUAUGAGCUUUUUACAGAAGAAUUGACUUCUCGUUUGAAGAAAGAAAGAAAGAAAAAGUGGGACGAGAAAAACCAGGAGGAAAUUGCUAAGGCUGUAAAACAGCUUCAAGAUUUUGAUCAGCAACAUAUCAAGGUGGAGGAUGCACAACUUAAAAGGGCUCGUGAAGAUCUCCAGAAUAGGCUUGAUCUUCUGAAAAGGCAAUCUGAGAGCUACGAUGAUAAAGGACCUGUUGUAGAUGCUGUUGUAUGGCAUGAUGGAGAGGUCUGGAGGGUUGCUCUUGACACACAGAGUCUUGAGGAUGAUCCAGACUGUGGGAAGCUUUCUAAUUUUGUACCCUUAACUAAUUAUAGGAUUGAGAGGAAGUAUGGUGUCUUCAGCAAAUUGGAUGCUUGUACAUUUGUUGUUAACGUCUAUAACAAUGGAAAUGUGUUAAGUAUUGUAACAGACUGCUCAUCCCAUGCCACCCAUGUAGCUGGUAUUGCUUCUGCUUUCCACCCAAAGGAGCCCUUGUUAAAUGGAGUUGCACCUGGCGCACAAUUAAUAUCUUGUAAAAUUGGGGAUUCUCGCUUAGGUUCAAUGGAAACUGGCACAGGUUUGAUUCGAGCAUUGAUAGCUGCUGUUGAGCACAAGUGUGAUCUUAUCAACAUGAGUUAUGGUGAACCAACAUUACUGCCUGAUUAUGGACGCUUUGUUGACCUUGUGAAUGAAGUGGUGAACAAGCAUCGUUUGAUAUUUGUGAGCAGUGCUGGUAAUAGUGGGCCAGGUCUGAGCACUGUUGGUGCACCUGGUGGUACAUCUUCAAGUAUCAUAGGUAUUGGUGCAUAUGUUUCUCCUGAAAUGGCUGCAGGUGCCCAUUGUCUUGUCGAACCUCCAUCUGAGGGGCUUGAAUACACUUGGUCUAGCCGAGGGCCAACAGCUGAUGGAGACCUUGGGGUGUGUGUGAGCGCCCCUGGUGGUGCUGUUGCUCCUGUUCCUACUUGGACUCUUCAACGACGUAUGCUCAUGAAUGGGACAUCAAUGGCAUCUCCGUCAGCUUGUGGAGGAACUGCAUUGCUCAUAAGUGCAAUGAAGGCUGAGGGAAUUUCUGUGAGUCCAUAUACCGUUAGGAGAGCCCUUGAGAACACAGCUGUUCCCAUAGGUGAUCUACCUGAGGAUAAGUUAUCCACUGGACAAGGCCUUAUGCAAGUUGACAAGGCUUUUGAAUAUAUAAAGAAGUGUCAAAACUUUCCGUGUGUUAGAUAUCAAAUAAAUAUCCAGCAAAGUGGAAAAACAUAUCCUUCAUCACGCGGCAUCUAUCUUCGGGAGGCUAGUGUUUGCCGACAAUCUACAGAGUGGAUAGUUCAAGUUGAUGCAAAAUUUCAUGAAGAUGCCAGCAACUUUGAGGAUUUGGUUCCAUUUGAGGAGUGUAUUGAAUUGCGUUCUACUGAACCAGCAGUUGUGAAGGUCCCUGACUAUUUGCUGCUCAUUCAUAAUGGCCGUACCUUCAAUGUAGUUGUUGAUCCUUCCAAUCUAGGUGAUGGUCUUCAUUAUUAUGAGGUCUAUGGUAUUGACUGCAAAGCACCAUGGCGUGGUCCUCUUUUUAGAAUACCAAUUACCAUAACCAAGCCCCAUGCUGUAACUAGUCAGCCUCCAAGAGUUUCAUUUUCGAAGAUGAUAUUCCAGCCAGGCCAUAUUGAAAGAAGAUACAUAGAAGUGCCGCACGGUGCUUCUUGGGUUGAAGCAACAAUGAAAACUUCUGGUUUUGAUACGGCUCGAAAAUUUUAUGUGGACGCUGUUCAGAUAUGCCCACUUCAAAGACCUCUGUCAUGGGAAAAAGUGGUAUCCUUUCCUUCUCCUGUCACCAAAACCUUUGCCUUUAAGGUUGUAAGCGGUCAAACAUUGGAACUAGUCAUUUCUCAAUUUUGGUCAAGUGGGAUAGGGAGUGAUGAGACUGCCAUUGUGGAUUUCGAGGUUGUAUUUCACGGUAUAAAAGUCAACAAAGAAGAAGUCACACUUGAUGGUAGUGAAGGACCAGUAAGAAUUGAUGCUGAAACAUUAUUGGCAUCGGAGGAACUUACACCAACAGCAGCUUUAAAUAAGAUUAGGGUUCCAUAUCGACCAGUGGAUUCUAAGAUUAGUGCACUUUCAACAGACCGUGACAAACUCCCCUCUGGAAAGCAGAUACUGGCACUGAUUUUGACCUACAAGAUCAAAUUGGAAGAUGGAGCUGAAGUAAAACCUCAUAUACCAUUGCUCAAUGGCCGGAUAUAUGAUAAUAAAUUUGAGUCACAAUUUUAUGUCAUUUCUGAUUUGAACAAGCGUGUAUAUUCAACUGGUGAUGUCUAUCCAAGCUCUUCAAAGCUUCCCAAGGGAGAAUACAAUUUACAGCUAUAUUUGAGGCAUGACAAUGUGCAAAUUCUGGAAAAGAUAAGGAAUUUGGAGUUAUUCAUUGAGCAAAAUUUGGAAGACAAGGAAAUCAUUCAGCUAUCCUUUUUCUCUCAACCUGAUGGCCCAGUGAUUGGAAAUGGCUCCUUUAAAUCGUCAUUCUUAUUUCCAGGUAUAAAAGAAGGAUUUUAUCUGGGUCCACCACCGAAAGAUAAGCUUCCCAAGAAUUCUACACAAGGUUCUGUAUUGUUAGGGGCAAUUUCGUAUGGGAAACUGUCAUUUUCUGAGGGGGAGAAUAAAAAUCCAGAAAAGCACCCUGCAUCAUAUCAACUAUCUUACGUAGUGCCCCCGAAUAAGAUUGAAGAAGACAAGGGAAAAGGUUCUUCCAAAUCUUCCAAGAAGACUGUUUCUGAACGUUUGACAGAAGAGGUAAGAGAGGCAAAAAUACAUGUGCUAGGAAGCCUUAAGCAAGAAACUGAUGAAGAGCGCUCACAGUGGGAAGAGCUAGCUGCCUCUCUUAAAUCAGAAUAUCCAAAAUACACUCCACUGCUUGCAAAGAUUUUGGAAGGUUUGGUUUCUAGGACUGAUGUCAAGGACAAAAUUGAUCAUGAUGAAAAGGUGAUUGAUGCAGCAAAUGAGGUGAUUGACAGUAUAGACAGGGAAGAAUUAGCAAAAUUUUUUGCACUGAAAAAUGAUCCAGAAGAUGAAGCAGAGGAUAUCAGGAAAAAGAUGCAAACAACCCGUGACCAGUUAGCAGAGGCAUUGUAUCAGAAGGGGCUUGCGCUGGCAGAAAUAGAGUCUUUAAAGUUGGCAGACUUGACGACUUGGUGUAUAUUGUCAAAGGAGGGAGAUACAGAAGGUGCAAAGAAAGACGAGGACACGAGUGGUGACCAAUCUACACAUGAUCCAGACUUGUUUGAAGAGAAUUUCAGAGAAUUGAAGAAAUGGGUUGAUGUCAAGUCCCCAAAAUAUGGAAUCCUGUUAGUAACGCGCGAGAAGCGUGCUCAAAGGCUUGGUACAGCAUUGAAGGCACUCUUGGACCUAAUUCAAGAUGAUCCAGAGCCUGCUAAGAAGAAAUUCUAUGAACUGAAGCUGUCUUUGGUUGAAGAGAUUGGAUGGACACAUUGGGCAACAUAUGAAAGAGAAUGGAUGCUUGUCCGUUUCCCUCCAACCUUGCCCCUCUUCUAACUUCUACAACCCUCUUAACUGUGGGGUGUAUUGUAUUUUAGACAGCAAUACUGUCCAUUUUCAUCAAUAAUAUUCUGUAUUUGUGAGAAUAGAAUAAUUCAUGUAAUAUUAUACGUUUGUACGUGUGUGUAUGUAACAUCAUUUUCAUUUUGUAAUAAAAUUAGCUUCCCCUACCAUAUAA